UGGGAUCACCUUCCUUGAUCCUUCUUAUUGAGAUGGACGGGAAUUAGUGUUAUUUUUUUAAUUUCUUGGAAUCGUCUUCUUGUUGAAUUACCCGUAUUGUUUCUUCUCAAUUAUCUGAUGAGAUGAACUACUGUAGCUGCAACGAAAUCGUUGGAUACAGGUUCCACCCAACUGAUAAAGAACUCAUCGAUCAUUACCUAUGGAAUAAGGCACUCGAUCGUGAUUCUGCUGUCCAAGCUAUUGGUGAAGUCAUCGGCGACCUCAGCGACUGGGAGCCUGGAGAAUUACCCGGGUUUUCAGCAAGAAGAUCUAACGAUCGAACUUGGUAUCUAUUUUCUCGAAGAAACCAUUGUAAACGAGUCAAGAGGACAACCAAGCUUGGAUACUGGAAAUUAACGGGUAAACAUAGGAGUAUAAAGGCUAAAGUUGGAAUUGGUACCAAGAAGACUUUGGUUUUCUAUGAGGGUCGUGUUCCUCAAGGAAAAUGGACACCUUGGGUCAUCCAUGAAUACACUUUGCCUGAUACUCUGCCUAACCAGAAGGGGUAUUUUCUCUGUAAAUUGAAGAAAAAAGAUGAUGCAAAGACUUGCAUUUCAAGUGCUGAAGAAGGUCAGCCAAGUAAUGCUGCGGAAGACAAACCUUUUGAUAAUCCAUCGGUUAUCGAUGUUGACGAGUUGCUGGCACAGAUAAAUGACUCCAUUGAGGUUGAACAUGACAAUGGUUCUGUGCAGAAAUCACAGAUGAAUGGCGAGCAUGUGCCGGUGUCUUUAUGUAAUGCUACUUACAUAGGUGACGAUUUUGAUGGGGUUCACAAUCAAUCUAGCACCAAUGAACAAAAUGAUGAGAUAUAUGUAAUAUCCUCUUCAUUGCAAACCCGUGUGUACGAGGAGACUAUGAUUUCUCAUGAUGAUUUCUCAUUCUUUUGCGGCUGUGAUGAGAAUGAUCAUGAGAUUCAACAUCAAUCUAGCACCAACAAACAACCUAGCACCGCUGAACAAGACGAUGAGAUUCAACGUCAACAAUCUGGCAUUGAUGAACAAGUUGAUGAGAUUCAACAUCAACAAUCUGGCAUUGAUGAACAAGAUGAUGAGAUUCAACAUCAACCUGGCAUUGAUGAACGAUAUGAUGAGUUCUUUAAUUCUGUUUUAGUCGAUGAUGAUGAACUUUUUUGUUUGUGUGAGAACGAUGACUUUAUCCUUGGCUGAAACAUAUCCCUUUUAGAGUUAUCUAGCAAACAAAUAUAGCAUAUAUGAUGGCAGAUAAAAUGAUGUCAUAGAAACUAAGUCUCAAGCACAAGUUCAUAGGAUUGUGUCCUCGGAGUACAAAAGUUGUAAUAAUA